AUGUGUACAAUAUUUAGCAUCUCCGUUGCCACGGCUAUUGUUGCAUUUAUCUUUUUUGGAUCACAGAUGUUUUAUACAUUAAAUGGCUACACGAUGUAUGAUUAUCACACGCUGUGCCGGCAGUUCGAAUUACACGGUGAUGGUGAGACAUACUCGGAAAGAUUGCAUAUGAUCUUCGGUCAUUACUGGCUAGUAAAUUUCAUUUUUCCGCUGCUUUGUUGCCCGAAUCAACUGACAGCCGAUGUCGCACGAAACUUAUUUUCCGCAUAUUCGAAAGAUAUGUAA